AUGUCCGACGCAGUAAAAUACACCAACAAGCUCCACGGCGCCAAGGUCCUCGUCAUCGGCGGAUCGUCUGGCAUCGGUUUCGGCGUCGCCGAAGCCCUACUCGAACACGGCGCCCACGUCAUCAUCUCCUCCUCCAACCCAGACCGCGUGAACUCCACCCUCGACAAACUCCUCAAAGACUACCCCUCAGCCAAAUCGCGCCUCUCAGGCUACCCGUGUAAUCUCGGCGAGCAGGCGAGUCUGGAUGAGAAUGUCAAGCAACUGCUUGAGAAGUCGACGAAGGAAGGAGGGAAGUUGGAUCAUGUGGUUUAUACGGCGGGAGAUUCGUUGGCGAUGAUUCCCAUCGGCGAAGUAACGACGGAGAAAGCGAUCAAAGCCGGUAUGGUCCGCUUCUUCGGGCCCUUAAUAGUAGCCAAACACGCCCCCGCCUACCUAAACCCUGGCCCGAAAUCCUCCCUCGUCCUAACCACGGGCUCCGUCUCCGAACGUCCUCGCCCGAACUGGAGCGUCAUAGGCUCCUUCGCCACGGGAUUGCAGGGCAUGACCAGGGGUCUGGCGUUGGAUUUGAAACCCAUCCGGGUGAAUUUGAUUUCGCCGGGGGUGGUGAAUACGGAGUUGUGGAAUGGGAUGUCCGAGGAGCAGAAACAGAAGCUUUUCAAGGAGUCGGCGGAGAAGUUGCCGACGGGACGGGUGCCCACACCUAGUGAUAUUGCGGAGGUGUAUCUGGGGUGUUUGAAGGAUCAGAACAUGACUGGUUCGAUGAUUUCAACGAAUGGUGGCGCGCUGCUUGUAUAG